UGACACAUGAGGUGGACAUUGAAAUGGACGGUCAUGACUUGGAGUUCCAUCCCAAUUCCUCGGAUGAAGAGGAUGAAGAUCCCAAGUCCUAUGGCAAGUCGACCGAGAAAUCUCCGAAAUUGGAACCUCAUGAUGGGACCACAUCGCCCAAAAGUGAGCGGGACAGCAACACGGAUUAUGAUCCUGGAUCAGGCGACGAAGGCAAACCCUUGAAAAAGCGUAAGUACAUCUGUAAAGAGACAUUGGGAAAAGCGGAGCCGGAUAUUGACGAGCUCCAUAGCGAGGAUGGUUUCCAUCUUCAAUCCAGUGAAGACCACGAUCUCAAAGCCAGGAGCAGAAAGAAGAAGAAAUCCUCGGCCAAAAAAGAUACCAUGCAGUGUCCCAUGUGUCAGAAGGUGUACAAAACGUUAUUCUCCUUCAAGAAGCACGUCAAAAACUGCAAGAAAGGUCAUUUUGACCUAUCGUUGUGUACUUGUCAGGUGUGUCUAUUCGUGGCCAAUUCCCAAGACGCUUUGAAGGCGCAUAUGGAACUGCAUGUGGAGAAAUUGGGCGACAUUUUGAACCAUCCUAUGAAUUGUCCCGUGUGUGAGAAGGCGCUCAAAAGUAGUCACGAGCUGAACUCGCAUUAUCAAAGCGUUCAUGACGCUCAGAGAGCCAUUUGUGUCAUCUGCAAGGGCUUCUAUAAGGCCGACUUUCUUCACAAGCAUGUCCGGAUCAAACAUCAGAGUAAGAAACAUCUCUGCUCGAUUUGCGGCAAAGAGUUUGAUCAAGUUCUUCGCCUUAGUAUUCAUUUGAACACCUUCCAUAGCACGACCACCGAGCAUCGAGUGGUUUGUGACCAAUGUGGUAAGACCUUUCCGCACAAGGAAAGACUUCGACAACACAAGUAUUUCUAUCACAAGUAUGACAGUUCAAAAAACACGUGCGAAUAUUGUGGCAAAACCUUCUCGAACCUCUCGCAGCUUUACAAGCACCGUCGAAUACAUUCCAAAGUAAAGCCGUAUCAAUGUGCCCUGUGCGGCUACCAGGCCGUGGUCAAGUCCAAUGUGCGGCUCCAUAUCAAGAAGGUCCACAAACAGGAGGAAGUCGCUCAAGAUGAAAUCCUGACAGUAGGGAAGAUCGAACUUGAGUGACUGCAGCAUUUUAUGCCUACAACUAAGAUCUUUUACUUUAUUUAUCAAAGUAGCCAGUAGAAUGUGAAUCUUAAAUAUAAUCCAAGGUUGCUCCUUUAAACAGAAAUCGCAAUAUUCAAUUGAA